AUGUUUUUCGACUCUCAUGCCGAUUCAGCCGGUCUGCCUCCCAUGAACUCCCCAUCUCUAUCAUCUUUUUACCACCACCCAAAUCUUAACGAGUACCAGGAUCUUGGUUAUCCUGAACCAACCUUCAGUAACCAAACCGAUGUCUUCUCCUUUGAGGAAAGCUUUCCCCUUAAGCUUCAGUCUCUGUUCAGUACCCCACCCCCCUACUGCCAAUCUUCUUCAAGUUCACCGCGGUUAUCAAACGGUUCAAGUGAAUCAAUGGAAUUCGCCCCUCCAUUUUCGCAAAUGGCCUUGCCGGAUUCUUCAGGAUGUGACAUGCCGUCUUCGCUUCUCCCCCCAAUUGGCGCUGGGCAGUUUACUCAACUCGGCAAUGAAAUGUCGUAUAUGGAACCGCAAAACUCGAUGCCCAAUCUGCACCUACUAAUACCCCCAGGUUAUUUUUUCUCAGAUAACACUGAAGUGCCACUACUCGAUAUUCCAGAAGUGUGGCCAACCCAGCAUGCUACCACCCCAGAGCCGAAAAGCAAGCGCAAAGCAACUGCCUCAAAAAGAGUCGCGCCCCUUCCCGCAUCUUCUUCCACAACCUAUUCUAUCGCCAGUAGUCCCAGUAGCAAGACUGAUCACACACCUCGAGCGAAAAAAACUGGGAGGAGCUCACAUUUGAUCUUAACCAACACACCCGUAAGUGUGACUCAAGGAGGGUACGCACGGAAGUAUGCUUGCACAUGGGAAGGCUGUGGGAAGGCAUUCACUACCAGCGGUCAUCUCGUACGACAUAAAAGGAUCCACACGGGCGAAAAGCGUUACAAGUGCGCGAUGGAAAGCUGUACAAGUCGCUUUAGUCGGCAGGAUAACAUGUUGCAACACUAUCGGACUCAUUUCUCAUCAAAGUCCAGAAGAAAUCCUCCAGUCUCUUCAGUGGAAAACCCCAAGUCGAGUCCAGUCCCCGACUCAUCCACAACAAGCAACACAAGUCUUGUUGUCCCUCAACUGAGUAACUUUGGACAAUUCUUCGUCGGCCAAACCUCUUUCUGA